UUAAUGUAUUUGUGUUUUAUGAGUAGCCCAUACAUUACAAUCCUGUUAGAGCUAUGGAAGUUAGAAUUUAAAAAAUACUACGCCAUUUGAAUGACUUAAUGACCUGGAUUAUAUAAUUACAUCACGAAAAUGUCAAAUUCAGCAUUAAGCCCACCUGCCUGCAGGUAUAUUUUCCUUUCCGGUAGCUGAUAGGUGCUCAGUUUUCAGGAGGAGGGGUCACACACGGGUACUUCAGCUAAUCCAAAUCAAACAAAAGAUUCGUGGUGUAAAAGAAAAGGAAAAGAAAAAAGAUGAAGCUCUACUCGACUAGAAAAUUCAAAACAGAAAAAGCAGGGCAGGACAGAAUUUCCACGGUCAACAGUUUUAUGAGACAUCUAAGCUUUCAGUGGUCUGGCAAAAAGAGCACUGAAAGAAUGCAACCCAGGGAUUUCAAGAUGGUUAUGCUUUUUGUCUUACUUGGCAUGUGCUCGCAGAGUGCUGCCCAAGACGGUAUUAGUUUAGCCAUAUACACAGUAACAUCAAAAAGCUUGACGGUCCAGUGGAGUAAGUACUCAGGUGCCAGCUCAUACAAGAUCACGGCAACUCCAAAGAAUUCACCUGAGCCACCUGCAUUUGCCCAGUUCAGUGAAAAUUCAGUAAUGGGCUCUGUUAAUUCGCUGGCUCCCAACACCAUCUACAUCGUGGCGGUGGAAGCCAUGGAUAACGCAUUGAAUGUCCUGAGUACUGCAGAGGUUGAAGAGGUCACAGCCCCUGAGGUGCCGACGAUUGAGCAGGCGUACUCGAAACAGAGCGACAGCAUCACGGUGGAGUUCAGCGCCACGCCCGGAGCCAGCUCUUACGUUCUGCGAGCGGAGUCUGCGGCGGGGGAGUUCUCUGAAACUCCGGUGUCCGCUUCCCCAGGGACUGUGCUCCACCUCCAACCAUACACCGACUACAUCCUCAGCGUCAUGUCAGUCAACAGUGGAGGAAUGAGCCAGCCUUCUCUGCCAGUGCAAGUAAAGACAGUGGUGGCUGCCCCAGAGCUCAACUCCACCUCUUCCAGUAACAGCACCAUCCUCCUGACUUGGGACCGGGUGGAGCACGCAGUGCUGUAUACGCUGUGUAUCAUCAUGGAAGGGUCUGAUACUCGGGUCAAGCUCAACACCACCAACACAUCUGUGGCUUUCAUGGACCUGGAGCCUGGCACAACCUACUGCAUUAAGGGAAACGCCUGGGACCCCCACAGUAUCCCAGGAGAGGACUUCACUGUCUGUCAGAUCACACGUCCCCCCACCCCAGGCUUGGUCCAGGUGAUGCUGACUGUUGAUGGCUCUCAGCACAUGGCCGUGCACUGGGAGACCAUGCAUGGAGCAGAUCGGUACUUUGCCCUCAGUACCACUGGCCAGAACUGCAGCUCCUCUGACAGCUACUGUGUCAUCAGCCCCCUCAGCUGUGGUCAGAACCAUUCCAUCACUGUCACUGCCUUAAAUCGGGCGGGACCUAGCGGCCCCUCUGACCCAGAGGACUUCCUCACCUUUCCAUGUCCUCCAGAGUCGAUCUGGGUGGAGGAGCCGGUGCCAGGCCACUGUACAGUCCUGUGGAGCAAGGUGCCCUGGGUGGAGUACUACAAAGCCUUUGUGAAGAGGGACGACGGAAGCGAGGAGUUGUGCAACACCACCAGCAGCACCUGCAACUACCACUGCCAGUGUGGCUUCACCUACUUCAUGAACGUCUUUGCCUACAACAGAGCAGGCUCCAGCCCGCCUGGCCAUGUUCUCAACUACACCACCAUCCCGUGCUGUCCGGAGGAUGUGUCCAUAUCGCUGGUGUCCACGGAAACCCUGGAGAUCACGUGGUCGCCCGUCCGUGGGGCAGAGGUGUACGAGACCAAAGCGGCCGGCGUGUCUGACCUCAUCCACUGCAACGACACGGCCCCCGUGUGCGCCCUCUCUGACCUCAGGUGUAACAGCAGGUACAGUGUGGUGGUCCGGCCCUGCAGCGAGCUUAGAGGCUGCAACAACACCUGCAGACCCCACACAGAGGAGACAGCUCCCUGCACACCUGAGAUCCUCAGCAUCACGCAGACCAAUGUGUCCUGUGUCAACAUCUCCUGGAGCGCCAGCAACAAGGAAGCAAACUACACUGUGAAAGUGGUGGGCGAGAUGGACUCUCAUACCUGCCACUCCACUGGCACUUCCUGCGAGGUCGCCCACCUAGCGUGUGGCUCAACCUAUGAGGUCAGCGCCAUUGCCUGCACAUCAGUAGGGCAGAGUCUAGCCAGCUACACCAUCCCCCUGGAAACAGGACCCUGUUGCCCUCAGGUCCUGAAGGUGACACAAGUGACUCAGGCUAUGACUAACGUUACCUGGUCGGAGGCCACAGGAGCACAGUCAUAUGUCACCUCCCUAACAUCAAUGAGGGGUGAUGCCAAAUGCCACACGCUAGAGACGCACUGCCUGAUGGGAUGCAUUACCUGUGGCAUUAAUUAUACCACGUCUCUGGAAGCCAUCAGCAGCACAGGUCACAAAUCUGAGUGCAUCUACCACGGCUUCUCCUCCAGUGCCUGCUGCCCCUCCAGUGUGAAGCUGUACAGGAUGACCAACAACACCAUCCAGGUGUACUGGCACUCCUCGGGAAACCUCAACAACUACACCGCUGACCUGUACGGAGCGAACUCCAACUACACCUGCACCCCCCCGCCGGGCGGUAACUCCUGCCGUGUUUCUGAGAUCAUGUGCGGGGACGUCUACACCGUUGUGGUUGCCCCCUUGUCACAGGAUGGCACAAAAAUCAAGUUCUGUCCCAAAAGAAUGUAUUCAGUUUCUUGUUCUGGAAGCAAUGUUGGAAUGGCUUCAAGACGCAUCUGCCAACUGACAUUUCACCUCACCCUCAUCUACCAUACCUGUCUUUAUCUUGGGCAAACUAACCUUCUGAAUGUCAGAAAUCUGCUACUCGCAAGGAAAAAUGUGAUUGUUUUUAUUUGUUUUUACCAUGUUCUUAUAUAUUGUGUUCACAAAGUAUCUGCAACGAAGCUGAAUAGUGAAAUAAAUAUGACCUUAAACAGUGCUUUAAUUUAAGCAAUGUAUUAUUAUUAUUUUGGAUAUGGGUGAUAAUGCAGCACGUACAUAGACUGAUCAUAAAGGUGCUAAUGUUUUUGAAUUUGAAGAUGUUUAAUAUUAUACAACAAAUAAUUCUGCCCAUUGUGAACUGAAUGUUAAUAAUGCUUUGAAUUUUACUUGUAUAAAUUGUCUGUCCCCAUGCUAUAAGCUUCCAAAGGAGAUGUGAUCAAUUAUGAAAUAUCUUGAACAGGUAUUAUUCAUCUCAGGAUAUUCAAAACUUUUCCUGUUUAUUUUGAAUGAUGUUAACAAAUUUCUUGUGAACUUUGUUAUAAUGUUGAAUGGUAUCUACAAACAUAUUCCUUUGAAUAAAAUGCCCUCUUUGCAUCAUAA